CUCAACUCCACGUCCAGUUUAAUACUAUUAUCUCCAUUUCUACAGAGGCCGUGGUACAUUUGCCGGAUGAUUUAAAACCCUGCAAACCUUUCUCAAGGCUUCGCUGACAGCUACUGUGGAUAUAAACAUGUCGGGGAUGAAUAGUGAUCAGCUGUAUCGCUCCACCAUGGGGAUUUACUCGAGCUUGAUGGACGACUUCAACCCAAGUCUACAGAAACUGGUCUCACUGGGAAACAGCUACGUCCAAGCUUUCCAGGAUCUGGCAGUAACCAGUGAGGCCUACUUCAGUGCACUUUCAAAGAUUGGGGAGAGGGCUUUCCACACCAUAUCCUCACGCUCCCUAGGGGAAGUCCUGAUUCAGAUCUCUGAGAGCCAAAGAAGACUCACUGUGGAGUUGGAUGGAGUAUUCCGCUGGUUCACUAUGGAGGUUCUUCAGGAGAUGGACAACAACAUUAGACAGGACAGAACUUAUAUAUCAGACAGCAGGAAGCAUUAUGAGAUGGAAGUGCACAACCAGGCAGUGUCUAUGGACCGACAGCUGAGGAGAGGAGCCAACCAGGAUUGCAGUGAGUAUGUGCAGUUCCUCAGGGAGAGCCACAGCGAGGCUUUAAAGGAGGAGGAGAGGCGAUACCGCUUCCUGUCGGAGAAACACUGCGGCCUGAUCCAAUCCAUCGCACACCUCAUGAAUAAGACAGGAGGGUCUCUCCAGCAGAGGGCUGAUACCUGGACGGAGGAGGUGGGGGCCACCAGAGGACCAGAGGCCAGACGCCCUACUUCUGUGGAAAACUUGAUGUCGAUGAAAGAGGACAUGAGGAAGAGCAGAGAGGAGCUUCCCCUCGGCAAAAUACCAUCAAGGGCUCCGUCUCCCGUGGGAAGCGUGUCUCGCUCCGCAGGAGGAAGGUCCACGAGGGCCCGGGUGGCCCACCAGCCCAGCGGCUCCAACCCCACCCUGCUGCCCUUCAGCAGGGGCGAGACGAUCUCUGUGCUGGUCCAACAGCCCAGGAACGGCUGGCUGUACGGACGCACCGACAGCAGCUCACGUCAGGGAUGGUUUCCAGCCUCCUAUGUGGAGCAGGUGGACGAUCCUCCAACAGCACCCAGCUCUGGACACUCAUCUCUCCGAAGCAGUAACUCCAUGAGCAACCUGCUCGACCAAUCGGGAGGCAGCAGCUACAGUGGAGCCCCGCCCCCUCCACCUCCACCUCCUUCAUCGUCCAAUAAGCAGUACGAGAUGCGGCCAAUCACACCGACUCCUGACAAAAGGGCCGAGUCUAAUUCAGAAAAAAAGAGAUCAAAACCACAUGCAUCACAACCAGAACUUUUCCCGAGGGGUACCAACCCAUUUGCCACCAUUAAGCUGAAGCCCACGUCAACCGAUGACAGAUCGGCUCCUCGUGUGCACCGACGAUGACAUCUUUACCCCAAACAAGCGCUUUCGAGGAGUUUAAGAGUUUAUUUUCACCGUUAAAAAAUAGUGAAGCAUAUACGGUCGAAAGUGACUGAGUAAAUCUUGAGGUGAGGCUGUUUAUCAUUUCAUACCUUGCCCAUAAAACACUUUGUUUGCUGAAGAAAGA